AUGUUAGAUAUUCAACCCGAACCUACCGAUCAAUCGAAAAUUCCUGAUACUUUCGUAGUUUAUACUAAUUUAAACAAUGAGCAAAGUGUUGCACAUGCUCAAUUACUGCCUAAGGGCUAUACAGAAUACACACAAGAAGAAUGUAUUAGAGCCUUAACCGAAAAAGAUGACUUAUUGAGACAACGUAGCGAAGAGAUUCAAAAAUUUCUUGAAAAGCAACUUAAUGAACAAAUUGAACAAAAUGAGCUCUCUAACUUAAAACAAAAAGAACUCGAAGAAUUCGAAGAAAAAUAUAAAAAUUUAGAGAAGAUAAAUCAAAAACUUCAAAAAACAAAUGAACAAAAUAACGUUGAAAAUUUGAGACAAAAUGAGGAAUUCGAAAAGCGACUUAAUAAUUUGAAUCAAAAAUUUCAUGAUAACACUAUAACAAUUAAAUUAUUAGAAGAACGCUUAAAAGAAAAAGACAAGGAAAUUAAUGAUUUAGAGCAAAUAAAUAUUGAUUUAAAAGAAGAGGCUUCAAAGUAUCAAUCUGCUCUUGGAACUGCAACUAAUUUACGAUUGUCAGAUAAUGACGAAAAUAAUUCAGUUACACUUAAAAAUGAUAUUUUAAGUUUACAAGAUUCUUUAGAAGAUUACAUUACAAAAUGUAAGGGUAAUAUAGAAAUUAAUGUUGCUGAAGUGCAAAAACUUUUGAUAAAAUACGGAAGUCAAACAGAUAUUACAAUAGAACAUAAACCCUUAAUUAAAGCAGUAUUACAACGUCAUGUCGUUGAAAAGAUUAUUGGAUUUGCGCAAGAAUAUUUUUCUUAUCAAGACCUUCAAGGAAAAUUGUAUGGUAUCGAGACUACUUUAUAUGCAAAAGCUAAUGAAAUUAUAAACUUGACAGAAGAUUUCGCAAUAAAACGUACCGGAACUGACGAUACAACUAAAGUACUUUCUAUUAAAUUACGUCAACAAAUUUUUGGAGCACUUGGAAACAGAGGAUUUAACAAUAUGAUUACCGAUAGUAGAAAAAUUUUGCCUCACAAAUUUAUUGAUUAUUUUAAAUCUGUUUUAAAUGAUGAAAUUGGAAAAUAUCGUAUACUUAAAGAUCCUAAAAAGAAACAAGAAAUCGAAGAAAUGGCGUCUGGCAUUAUUCAAAAAAUAAUCAGUUUAUUUUGGUUUAGAGUUAAAACUCAGGAACCAGUUGCUGAAAUUGUUUGGGUUAAUCCUAACGUUAACAUAGAUACUAGUUAUAUGGAAGGAAAGUGGGAUGAUGAUGAAAUCGAUGAUUUGAUUGUAGAUAUUUGUUACUUUCCAACAAUAUCACAAGAAUUCAAAAAUAAGUCAAAACGACAUAUUUAUACGCCCGCUAGAAUCUUUCCAAAAUCUAAAAAAUCAUCAUUGUUGAAGAGUAUUUUUAAUAUUGCUAAAGGAAAGUCCGAAUAA